GCGUUUUUGGUCAGCGUAUAUAAAUAAAAUCACUGUGAAGACCGUGACAUUGAAAGUGCCACCAUGCUGGGAGGUAUUGUUUUGUUGUGUUUGUGUGUUUGUGUGGCCUCUGGGCAUUAUGGACGAUCUGAUGGGAUAAGCCUGGACCCAAAAGUUCCGGAAGAGAUUUUGGAAGAUGCUAGGCUGAAAGUGCCUGCACUCGUCCGAAAGUACGGUUACCCCUUGGAAGAGCACCGGGUCACUACCGCCGAUGGCUACAUCUUGACCGUGCAUCGGAUUCCCCAUGGUCGUGAUGCUGGGAAUGGAACAACAGACAGGCCCGUCGUCUUCAUUAUGCACGGUUUGAUGUCUUCUUCGGCAGAUUGGGUCUUGAUGGGACCCAACAAAGGGUUAGCCUACAUUCUAGCCGAAGACGGUUUCGACGUGUGGCUCGGCAACGCGCGCGGCACCCGCUACUCGCGCCAGCACAUCAAACUUAACCCUGAUUCAGGAGCAGAAUUCUGGAACUUCUCCUGGGACGAGAUCGGGAAUAUAGAUCUGCCGGCCAUGAUCGAUUACGCUUUGGACAAGUCGAAUAAGAAGAGGCUGCAUUACAUUGGGCAUUCACAGGGCACCACGUCGUUCUGGGUCAUGUGCUCACUUCGGCCGGACUACAACCAGAAGAUCAUCUCCAUGAACGCGCUGGCGCCCGUGGCUUACUUGACGUACAACACCGUUCCUCUUCUUAAGGAGAUCUCGCUUUUUUCUACCGUCUUUGACAAACUUAGUAAUCUGAUCGGUGUGGGUGAAAUCCUUCCGAUCACCAACUCUUUAGUCAUGCGGUGGGCCGGCGAGAAGCUGUGCAGCGACACUGCUGUAUUUCAGGAGAUCUGCACCGAUAUUAUUUUCCUCAUCGGGGGGUGGAACUCGUUGGAGUUUAAUAGGACCAUGUUCCCAGUUAUCCUAGCGCACACCCCCGCAGGCGCUUCCGUCCGUCAGUUCACCCACUACGGCCAAGUCAUGCACAGCGGCUCCUUCCGUCGCUUCAAUCAUCUUGGCUUUUGGAACUACAAAAUCUACGGCACCUGGGACCCUCCUCUAUACGACCUAUCCCAAGUUAAAGCUCCAGUCUUCCUCCGUUACUCCUUAUCUGAUCCCUUAGCACAUGUUGACGAUGUGGAGAGAUUAGCGAAGGAACUUGGGAACCUUAAAGCAAAAACUAGUAUACCGUUGAGCAGUUUCAGCCAUUUGGAUUUCAUGUGGGGGAUUAACGCGAAGAAGCUGGUGUAUGACCAGGUGAUUGCUGAUAUGAGAAGGAUGGAAGAAUCCUUAUAG